UUCUCCCUGUAAGCCGCGCGACAUUCACAGAAAUUCCUCCUUCCCUCCCCUCCCCUCCCCUCCUGGGUCCAUUUCUCUCUUCCUCUUUUUUCGAUCACAACAGCGGCUAGACCAGAAGGCGAAAAGGCCGGGUCUGUGUAUUCUGUCGCGACAGUCACAACGAGAGCAUCUAGUUUCGUGCUUAAACAGCUUCCUUGUUCAGUCUGCAACCAAAAGAAUGAAGAUAGCAGUGGAAGGGUGCAUGCAUGGAGAGCUUGACAAGGUCUACGAAACCAUUAAAUUCAUCGAAAACACUCGCAACAUCAAAAUCGACCUCCUCCUCUGCUGUGGUGACUUUCAGGCAGUUAGGAAUGAAAAAGAUAUGGAGUCUCUUAGUGUGCCCCCAAAAUAUAGGGAGAUGAAGUCCUUCUGGAAAUACUAUUCGGGUCAGGAGGUUGCCCCGGUUCCCACCAUAUUUAUCGGUGGAAAUCAUGAAGCUUCCAAUUAUUUAUGGGAAUUGUAUUAUGGGGGAUGGGCAGCUCCUAAUAUAUACUUCUUGGGAUUUGCUGGGGUUGUCAAGUUUGGCAAUAUCCGUAUCGGUGGACUUUCUGGAAUUUACAACGCACGCCACUAUCAUUUAGGACACCAUGAGAGGCCACCAUAUAAUGACAGUACUAUCAGGUCUGUAUAUCAUGUACGUGAGUACGAUGUUCACAAACUAAUGCAAGUAGAGGAACCGGUCGAUAUUUUUCUUUCACAUGAUUGGCCUCUUGGCAUCACUGAUUUUGGAAACUGGAAGGAACUUGUUCGCCGCAAAAAAUAUUUCAAAGAUGAGAUUCAAGAAGGAACUCUUGGAAGCAAGGCUGCUGCUCAGUUGCUCGAAAAACUGAAACCGUCUUAUUGGUUUUCAGCUCACUUGCACUGUAAAUUUGCUGCUCUUGUUCAACAUGAAAGUGGUGGCUCAGUGACAAAAUUUCUUGCACUUGAUAAGUGCCUUCCAGGGCGCAGUUUCUUACAGAUUGUUGAUAUUGAAUCGGAUCCAGGACCUUACAAGGUUCGAUAUGAUGAAGAAUGGCUUGCAAUAACACGGAAAUUCAACUGUGUCUUCCCUUUGACCAUCAAACGUGGAAACUUUGGGAGUACACAGCUUGACAUGCAAGAUUGUCAUCAAUGGGUUAGAAGCAGGCUGGAAGAGAGAGGAGCCAAACCUUGUGAAUUUUCACAAAGUAUUCCACCUUACAAUCCCUCCCAUCCAGUUCCAAACACUUCUUUUUCUGGGUAUCCCCGCAAUCCUCAGACUGUAUCUUUCUUGGAAUUUCUAGAGCUUCCAUAUGUUCUUGAUAAUGCAUCAGACUCUAGGGAUGGUCCUGCUUCAUUGACUCAUAGGGAUGCUUACAGUGAAGACGUUCCCAUUGAAGAUGAGGAUGAAUUAGAAGAUGUUGCAGAAGUUGAUAAUACAGAAACUGACAAUGAGAGCCAGUAAGCAUGAAUGUGAAUAAUGUUUGACUCCAACAGCACUUGUUUCUCCAAUGAAGAGGUUUUUACCAGUGCUAAGACUGAUGAAUUCUCCAAUAAAGAGGUUUUACCAGUGCUAAGACUGAUGAAAUUCUACUCAUUGGUGGUUGGAAGGUUGGGCAGUCAUUAUGUUGCCAUUCCAUGAGGCUCUGGCGAUUUUUGAAAUUGACAAUUUAGUCUAAUGCCCCCUUUGCUGUUCCAACUUAGUGCAACUGAACUUCUAUUGUUUGUUAUUCUCAUUUAACACUGCAACCAGCCCAACAGUUGUCCAGCGCUAUUUUCUCUUUCCAUAAUAAAGAAUUCUUAUUGAGAUA